GCGAUACUCGACUUUCACCAGUGCGCUUAUCAAAGUUUGACGACAAUGAAAUCUUUCUUCGGUUAUCUCGCGUGUUUUGUGCUACUCUGCGGAAAAAGUAUAAUUUCCGCCAACAAUGAACCUGACGCAGUGUCGAUAGAACAUCGAUUGGAUUCACUACAAGCUAGCAUGAACCUCAUGUUCAUGCAAGCCAGUGAACAAAUUGAAGCUCUGACAGCGGAAAUUCAUAACCUGAAACAAUCUGUGGACAUUCUUGGUUGGUACUCCGAACAAGUGAAGCAUUCUGUUGCAUCGGUCCAGGACAAUAAUGAACUGCUACUAAGGAAUUUGACUAUUCUCACGUAUCAUUCAGCUGACAUUAUUGCAAACCAGCAAUACUGUGCUAAUCAUGAAGCCUUGAAGAAUCUGUUCUUCGAGUUAACGCCAAAAUGUGGCGCAUUCAAUUCGACCCCGGCGCCACCGGAAGUGGUUCACAGCUCUUGUUAUGAGGGUCCGUUGCGAUCCGGAGUCUAUCCAUUGACAAUCAACGGGUCCGGCCACCAGUACAAAGCGUAUUGCAAUAUGGACGAUUUUGGUGGCGGUUGGACUGUUUUCCAGAAGCGUCAAGACGGUUCGGUGGAUUUCAAUCGCAGCUGGGCUGAUUAUCGCAAUGGGUUCGGCGAUGUCUCCGGCGAGUAUUGGUUGGGUUUGGAAACGUUGCACCAGCUCACGACUCAAAGACCGCAUGAGCUUCUGGUUAUUUUGGAGAACUUCAACGGAUCCACUAGCUAUGCGCGAUACACUGGGAUCGUCAUUGAUAAUGAGCAGCAAAAAUAUAGGAUUUUAUUCAAUAGCAGCGCUAGUGGAUCUGCUGCUGAUUCUUUCUAUCCAUACCGUGGAGAGAUAUUCGUAACGUUUGAUGCCCUAAAUGGAUCGUAUUCAUCUUGUGCGAGAGAACUUGCAAGCGGAUUCUGGCACUACAGCUGCAACGCUUCCGGAUCCAGAAAUAACGUUAAUGGAGUUUAUGGCAACUCGACCUCCAAGAAUGGUAUAUGGUGGUAUAACUCAUUUCCAGGGUAUUUGCAAUACGAACCCUUGAAAGGAGUCCAGAUGAUGAUACGACAAAAAAAUGUUUAAACAUUGUAAAUACAAAAAUAUGCUCACCACAUUAUACAAAUAGCCCCAUAUGAAGCAAUUAAAACUUCGAGUAGUUUUGACUUAUGUGGAUUCACAUGAAUUCAAAUGAAUAAAACAAUUGAAAGCAUA